UUUGCGGCAUCACUUGAUGCUCAAAUGGCUUCACAUGACAUCAAAGCAUCUCUGAUUUUUGUCCUAAGAGAGCAAGUUAUAACCAGUAGCCCACUUCCCCAAAAACAAAACUCAUGUCCACAUCGCACAGAAGGAAAAGCACGUACAGGUAUAUUCAGUCAUGACCCCUUCUGCUGAUAAAAAGCUGACCGGCCUAAUUGCAGCCACUUUUACUCCAUUUACCAGAGAAGGUGAAAUCAAUCUACUCGAGAUUGGUCCUUAUAUUGACUACUUGACAGAGAAGCAAGGUGUUCGUAAUAUAUUUGUGAAUGGCACCACUGGAGAGAGCAUGUCUCUCAGUGUUGCAGAGAGGAAGAUCCUGGCUGAGGAGUGGUGUCAGAAAGCCAAGGGCAAAAUGGAUCAGGUGAUUGUGCACGUCGGCUGCAUGUGUCUUAAAGAUGCCCAAGAACUGACUCGCCAUGCAGCACAGAUCAGGGCUGAUGCCAUAGCAGUUAUUGCCCCCUCCUUCUUCAAGCCGAGCAAUGCAGACGUGUUGAAGUCAUUCCUCCAGGAAGUGGCUUCAGUUGCCCCAACUCUGCCUUUCUAUUAUUAUCAUCUUCCAGCUCUCACCGGUGUUAAUGUGCCGGCAAGAGAUGUGUUGGACGGUAUUGAGAAACUCAUUCCCUCCUUCAGAGGUGUGAAGUUCAGUGGGAGUGACCUGAUGGACUUUGGCCGGUGUGUCAGCUAUUGUCAGCCUCACUGGUCAGUCCUCUACGGCGUGGACGAGCAACUGCUUGCAGCUCUGGCCAUGGGAAGCCAUGGAGCAGUUGGCAGCACAUAUAACUAUGCAGGGUGUCAUUUCAACAAGCUCAUAUCAGCAUUUGAGAAUGGCGACCUUGUCCAAGCCAGGACAAUACAGUUCAAGGUGCAAGAGCUUCUCAGUCAUGCCAUGAAACUUGGCUUUGACCUGGGAGUGAACAAGCAGCUGAUGAAUGAGGUGUCAGGCUUGUGUCUCGGGCCCCCCCGACUCCCUGUGAUGCUGUGUCCUCCUGAUCGCGCUCAGUCCAUCGCACGGAAAUAUCACAGCAUUUUCCCUGAAUGCUGAUGUGUUCAUACUGGGUUGUUGAAAUCCCUUUAUAACUCAACACAGCAGUUCUGACUGAAACAUUUAAACUUUGAAUCAAACUGUACCUUUUAAAUAGGAUCUUUUUCCAUGAGUCAUUCAUUAUGUUAACAAAUAUCUUAAUCUGUGUUUCACAUUUCAUAAAAUGUGAAAAUAACACUCAUAAUCAAAGGAAUGUGGCGCUGUGUUUGCUACAUUUAGGGAACAAGAGGACUGUCACAAAUCCCAUAUCUUAUUAUCCUGUACUGUGUAAACUGAGUCUCAUUGAAGGAGUUUGACCACUUUAAGCCUUGUUUUGUAAAUCACGUGGUGGCAUUCCAUUCAUAUUAAUUAAAAAUGAUCACUUUAAAAAAGGGAAUGAAAAGCAUCAAAGCUUUACUGUGUUUUGUGGUUCAGGUUUGUAGAAUGUUUUGCCUCCGUCCACCGCCUCAAUUAUCACCAGUGAAAUGAAAGUUGAACAAUUUUCGACCUUGAAAAUCAGUUAUGGAAAAGUGCUGACUUUAAGCUGAUUCCAUGAGAGGGAUGAUAACAGACAGAAGGGGCAUUAUUAUGAACACUGUUUCAUGAAAAAAUAAACACUCCAGAAAAAGGUGUAUAAAAAUCCAUGUUGUUAGAAGGGACUUUAAAACACUCACAAAUGAGAAUCAGCCUUUGAGUAAGAAUGUAUACCGUCAGUUGUUAUUAAAUGUGUACUUUGUUUCAUAUCUUGUGUAAUAAAGUAUCUGUUUUGUUAUAACAGAUAAUCACUAGUUUUUUACUAAUAAAUGUUUUGAAAUCCA